GUUGUGAGUCUGACGCUGCCACACGCAUGUUGUUGAUGUUGGAGACUGGAGCGGCUUUAUUACCUCAGCUUGUUUCUUUACGGUCCUGCUCGGCCUCUGGAGGCUCCUGAGGGGAAAUGAGGAAUCUGAAGCUCCUGAAGAGCCUUCGGAGCUCGGAGCUGCAGGGUCCCGGCUCGCCGCUGUGUUUCUCCGUGCGGGCGGACACCGGCGCGCUGCUCAUCGCGUCGCAGUACUCCAUCACAGAGUACGACCCCCGGACUGGCCAGGUUGUCAGCGAAGCCUCUCUGACAGCGGACGCCUUCCUCCCGGAGGACGGCAGCGGCGCCGUGGUCGGACUUCAGGACCUGGCUGAACUGGAGUCAGCGUGUUUGGCCACGGCAGGCGGUGACGUCGUUCUCUUCAACCUCAACACCUGCCAGUUGGAGUGUGUCGGCAGCGUUGACAGCGGCCUUUCCUCGAUGAGCUGGAGUCCUGAUGAAGAGCUCGUCAUCCUCACUACAGGUCAGGAAACCAUCAUCAUGAUGACCAAAGACUUUGAGCCAAUCACAGAGGUCGGAAUCCACCAGGACGAUUUCGGUGAAGGGAAGUUCAUCAGCGUGGGUUGGGGGAAGAAGGAGACUCAGUUUCAUGGCUCAGAGGGGAAACAGGCGGCACAGAGGAAGAUCCAGGAGGUGCAGCCCGCCGUAGCCUGGGACGACCGCAGGCCGCGGGUGACGUGGCGAGGUGACGGGCAGCUGUUUGCCGUCAGCGCCGUGUGUCCUCAAAGCGGAGCCAGAAAGGUCCGGGUCUGGAACAGAGAGGGUGUCCUGCAGGCCACCAGCGAGCCCAUCAACGGCCUGGAGCAGGCGCUCUGCUGGAAACCCUCAGGCAGCCUGAUCGCGAGCACUCGGCGGCAUCCCAACAAGCACAGUGUGGUGUUCAUGGAGAAGAACGGACUGCUGCACGGAGACUUCGCUUUGCCGUUCGGCAAAGACGAAGCGAAGGUGAAGGAGCUGCUGUGGAACAGUGACUCCACUGUUUUAGCCAUUUGGUUGGAGGACCUGACCGCCGGAGAGGACGGACGGGUCAACACUUACAUCCAGCUGUGGACGGUGGGAAACUACCACUGGUACCUGAAGCAGAGCCUGGAGUUCGGCAGAGACCCUCAGAAGGCUCCGGUCUGCGUCUGCUGGGACCCCGAGCGCCCCCUACGGCUCCACGUGGUGACCCGCAGCUGGACCAGCGUCAGCUACGACUGGGGCUGGACGACAGAACGGAGCGCCGGGCUGGAUGCCGACGACGACGCCGGUGUAGCCGUCAUAGAUGGAGAAAAAAUCCUGGUGACGACCUUCCGGCAGUCCGUGGUUCCUCCUCCCAUGUGUUCCUUCGAGCUCCAGUUAAAAUCACCAGUUAACCAGGUGACGUUCCUGUGCCGACCUCAGGGGACCAAUCAGCUGGCAGCGCUCACCGCUGAUGGACAGAUUUCAGUCUACGCCCAAGAUUCAGGAGAAAAAGACGACAAAUCAGCAGACGGGUUCAGGGUCGUGUCUCGUCCUCUCGUCCUCCAGAAAACCUUCAGACCCACAGUUGUUCGGGAUGUUCCUCUGGCUCUGCGGCAGCUGCUGUGGCUGCAGGAUGAGCUGUUUCUGGGGGUCAUUCCCGGUCUGCUGCCAACCUCCUCCACCCUGCUGAUGCUCCGCCCCACUCGGGAUGCUGGUGAUUCCCUCGCUGUCGGGUCGGAGGUGGAAGUGGACGGCGUUGUGGUCAGUGUGGUCCAUUCCUCUCAGACUGGAACUGUGGCCCUGCAGCUGGAAGAUGGACAGAUGAGGAAACUGCUCUGGGAUCAUCCUGAGCCGUCAGUGGAAGGUUGGUGUGACUCCAGGGGCUGCAGCAUCAACUUCCCUGUUCCCUGUGUCCAGAUGGCCCUCUGCAGCAUGAGUGGGGAGGAAUACCUGCUCGGCUUGACGGAGAGAUCCCACCUGUAUGCCGGAGACUCAGAGCUCGCCUCCAAUGUUUCUUCCUUCGCUGUUUGUAACGACUUCCUCCUCGUCACCACUCACUCACACACCUGCCGAUGCCUCCAGCUGAGCACGCUCACGGUCAAAGGGCUGCAGGCGGCUCUUGCCUCCGAUGGAGGUCAGAAUGAUGAGACGCUUCGGCGAGUGGAGAGAGGAUCCAGGAUCGUCACUGUGGUGCCGCAAGACACCAGAGUGAUCCUACAGAUGCCUCGUGGGAAUUUGGAGACCAUACAUCACAGAGCUCUGGUGUUGGCUCAGCUCAGGAAGUGGCUCGAUGGUUUGAAAUUCAGAGAAGCUUUUGAAUGUAUGAGGAAGCUGAGGAUCAGCCUGAACUUCAUUUAUGAUCACAACCCAAAGGUGUUCCUGGAGAACAUAGAGACCUUCAUCACACAGCUCAACUCCAUCAACCACAUCAACCUCUUCCUCACUGAACUCAAAGAGGAGGAUACCACCAGCAGCAUGUACCCCCGUCCUGAAAGCAGCCCGGUCCAGGCUCCGCCCACCUCGAGCCAGAAGAAAGUAGACGUGGUUUGUGAUGCUUUACGGAGCGCCAUGGAGUCUAUGGAUCCAAACAAGUUCUGUCUGUCCAUCCUUACUGCUCAUGUGAAGAAGACGGUUCCUGAGCUGGAAACCGCUUUGCAGAAGGUCCACGAGCUUCGAGAGAACCCUCCUGAAGCUCCUGCUGCUGUGAGCGCUGAAGAGGCGUUAAAGUACCUCCUCUUCCUCGUCAAUGUCAACGAGCUUUAUGAUUACUCGUUGGGAACGUACGACUUUGACCUCGUGCUCAUGGUGGCGGAGAAAUCCCAGAAGGAUCCUAAAGAGUACCUUCCCUUCUUGAACAUGCUGAAGAGCCUGGAGCCAAACUACCAGCGCUACACCAUCGACAAACACCUGAAACGCUACAGAAAGGCCCUGCACCAUCUCAGCAAGUGUGGAGAGGAACAUUUCCCUGAAGCUCUGCAGCUCGUGAAGGAGCAGAAACUCUACAGUGAAGCUCUGAGACUGUACCCAGCAGACAGCCCUCACUACCAGACUCUGAGCUGUGCCUACGCUGAGCACCUGGUGGAGCAGCAGCAGGCGGAGCAGGCCGGCCUGCUGCUGUGGCGAUGUGGGGAGCCGGCGCGCGCCCUGCAAGCUUUCGCCACCAGCUCCAGCUGGAGGAACGCCGUCUGUGUGGCGCAGCAGAUACCGCUGCCGCCCGACCAGCUGGCUCUGCUGGCCAGAGACCUGGCAGAGAAGCUGCAUGAGCAGAGGCGCUACUCAGAAGCUGCUCUGCUGCUGGACCAGUACGCUAAAGACUGUGAGGAAGCCAUUUUGGCUCUGAUCACCGGUGCAGUCUGGGAGGAGGCGCUCCGAUUGAUUUACAUGCACGACAGACGAGAUAUCACUGAAACCAACCUGAAACCUGCCAUCUUAGAAGCUGUAAGUACUCAGACCUCCUUCCUGGAGGCUCAGGUUGGGACCUUCGCUCGACACAAGACCCGCCUGGCUGUGGUUCGAGAGCAGAAGGAGAAAGCCAGACUGGACAUGCUCGAUGAAGACGGUCCAGACUGCGUGGAUGCUGAACUUUACUCUGAAGCCAGCAGCGUGAUGACCGGCUCCAAAUACUCUCAGAGUAACUCCCGCAUCUCCUCGAGAUCAUCGAAGAACCGGCGGAAAGCAGAGAGGAAGAAGCUCAGCUUGAAGGAAGGAAGUCCAAUGGAGGACAGAGCGCUGAUGUUCGCCCUGGGUGAGAUCAUCACCGCUGUGGACAAGAUGAGAGAGGAGGUCCACAACCUGCUGAAGGUCCUGGUGCUGUUCCAGUUUGACAAACAGGCAGAGAAGCUGCAGCAGACCUACGAGGAGGCGCUGCAGGUGAUGGAGGCAGCGGUUCCUGAGGUGUGGCCCGAAGGCCUGCAGACCAGCCAGGGCCCGCUCACGGGGCCGAACUCCACUGCAAACAGCAUCAUGGCUUCUUUCCAGCAGCAGCAGAGACCAGCAGCUUCACAGCAAGACACCGAGGUCCCGACCCCGCCGAAGAUGAGAAACGGUGUCAGGUGGAAGCUCAGCGUUCUGAAGUAAAUGUUUACUUUUAAUUGAUUUCUAACUGUAAGGCCAAAUGCUAAUUAUGUAAUAAAGAUUCAGUUAUUGUCUCCA